AAUAAUUAACCAGCUGCUGCAAGUUCACCUCCUCACACACACACACACACACACACUGUACUCUGGACCAGACACACACACACACACACACAGAUACAAACAAACACACACAUGCACAAGAUACUAGAACUUAAACAUGGAGUAAAGCAACUUUGUUCAUCAGAAGAUUGGGAGACAGGCUGGACAGCACAGUCGACACAAGCGGAGAUGAGUCUGCUCCCAUUGGUCCAGGCAGGAGACGGCCGGACACUGUCCAGAGCAGAGUUUCUCUCCCUGCUGAGAACCUACAACUGUUUCCUGAAGGACCACACUCAGCUGCACCUCAGCUACUCUCAGGGGGCUGAUGGAGAGGUGGUGGUGGAGGGCUUCCUGAAUAUCUCCUGGGGGGUGCGCAGACCCAUCAGGCUGAAAAUACAGGACGACAAACAGAUGCUUCCCUUCGUGCCUCUAAACCCACCGGACCCCGUCAGUCCCGUCAGUCCCGUCAGCCCGCUCGGAAACAAGAGGGGAAUGACACGCUGGGGAGAAUAUGUCGACCUGCACCAGAUAGAUGAGAUGUCAGAGACGGGACAGGAAACAGUCGUCAACAGUCCUUUACCAGGCCCCCCUGCUGUUUACGAGACCACCACCCUGCGUCCCGCGAGGCAGAAGAACCCGGAGCUGGAGGCCGAGUCCAACCUGUUCCGCUGCAUGAGCGACGCCUCGCUGGUCAAGAGGAGGCGGGGCAGGGGGAAGUCGGCCGCUCAGAGAGAGAAGGAGAGACAACACCGCUUCUCCAUCAACGGACACUUCUACAACUAUAAGACCGCCAUCUUCACUCCAUCCUUCGGGACACCGACUAAAGUUCGCAUCUCCAGCGCAAUGACCACGAACCAGGUCAUCGAGCAGCUGCUAAACAAGUUCAAGAUAGAGAACGACCCUCAGGAGUUUGCUCUGUACUGUGUUCACCAGAGUGGAGAGAAGAGGAAGCUCAGUAACAGAGACCAGCCCCUGUGGGAGCGCAUACUGCAGGGGCCCUCCGAUGACAUCAUGAAGAUCUUUAUGAUGGAUGUGGACGAGCAGGAAGUCAGCAACGAUGUCGCCCAGUAUCUGAACCUGGAGCUUCCGAUCCUGGAGCAGGUUCUCGUGGAGCUCAGAGAGGAGGAGAGCAGGGAGAUACUGAGGGUCCGCAACAAGUUCAAAAAGCAGCACAGACUCUUGUCCCAUACGAUGAACAGCAAGAUGUCGCCUCAUAUUGAGACGAGCGUCUGACAACUGGCGACCGGAGACACUGACAGACGACCCAUCAGUCAUCCCAGCGACGCUUUUUUGCGAACAUGAUUUUUUUAAAAAAGCUGUAAGAAUCUUUUGUAAAUAAUUGUAAAUAAACUUUGUGAUUUCAAGAAUAAAUAUAAGUUGUGGGACCAGCA